UCUGUAGUAUCGCUGUUGACUGUAGCGCUCGAGCUCCAUUGGAAGUAUCUCCUCGGCUUCAGAGACCUGCAGGCGGACCAGGGGGCGGUCCGGCCAGAGGAAACUUGGCAGAGAACAGUCCGUGGACCUCCUUAGAGCUGAUCCGUUUAUCAACGUGAAUCUUUCUGAAGACGAACAACUCGCUGAACUGGUCGCUAACAGACGUGCUAGCAGGUCCCACGGAGGCGUGCCUGGUUCCCGACCAGCGUUAGAGAGGAAACGGUGAGACGGGAGGCAGGUACAAGGGAACGGCCGCAGGUAGGACUGAGGCACAGGUAUCCCCGCGCUGGCCGAACAUAGCUGUCAAAGCUCCGGCGGGUCAUGAGGAUUUCUCCGGUCGCUGGUCGCAGCGGCGCGUGGCAACAAUAAGCGGCGAAGAAGAAGAAGAGCCAGGCAGCCUGUCGGUUUGUCCAGCGGAAAGAGAGUCAGCAUGUCCCGCAGGAAGCAGAGCAAACCUCGGCAGAUAAAGCGUUCCCUCGGAGAUCUGGAUGGUGGUGAGGAAAACACAGCCGACACCCUGAGCCUGUCGGGAGAGGAGGGCGGAGCCUCUGACCUGGAUGAUUCUGCAGAAUGCGACAGUUCCAGCCCGCCGCCGUACACGCCGCUGAGCAACGAAGAACCCAGGACACAGGAUUCUGGAGAAGGACCAGACGAUGAUGAUGAAGGUGAAGGUGAAGGUGAAGGUGAAGAGAAACCUCUGAUAAACAGUGGUGGCGAGGAGGAAGAGGAUAAGGAUGAAGAGGAAGGGUUACCGUGGAGAGGUCCAGAUGACCUGGAAUUCAGCCACAACGGUAGUGACAGCAGUGUGGUGGCCGCCAGGGCCCUCCAUCCAGACACAGUGUGGGGCCCCUACCCAGGAAUCCUCCAAUCAGAAAGCAGUACAGAUGACCAGGAAAGAGAGACCUCCAGACCGACUCUGGUGUGUGAAGAAGCAGAGUGCUGGAUCCGUCGCCUCCCUCUGACCUCAGACCCCUCAGCAGCCAACUGCAGCAUCUACAGUCAAGAUGAGGAGUUGUUCUGUAAGGUGACCAAAGACGUCGCCGUCGGUGAGAAACUUCUGGCUUCACUUGCUGCUGUGUGCUCAUCCUCCUCCUCCUCCUCCUCUUCCUCCCUGCUGGCCCGGCUCUCUCCUCCGCUCAGCCUGGUUGCUCAGAAACAGGCGGUGGUGAAGGAGGAGCCAUCGUUCCCGGCGUCGUUGCGCUCCGACAUCCAGCUCCUACCCCAGCAGGCUGGCAUGGCCGCCAUCUUGGCCACAGCUGUUGUGAAUAAGGACAUCUUCCCGUGUAAAGACUGUGGGAUCUGGUACCGCAGCGAGCGAAACCUGCAGGCCCCACCUGCAUGUAUUACUGCGGCCAGCCGGCAGAAUCAGCCAGCCGCUGCCUCCCCCCCCCCACAGGAGAAACCCAAGGAGUCCAACCCUAACGAGAGGAUCUGCCCUUUUCCACAGUGCAACAAGAGCUGCCCAAGCGCAAGCUCUCUGGAGAUCCACAUGCGCACGCACAGCGGCGAGCGUCCGUUUGUCUGUCUCAUCUGUCUGUCUGCCUUCACCACCAAAGCCAACUGCGAGCGCCACCUGAAGGUGCACACAGACACCCUAAACGGGGUGUGUCAUGGCUGCGGCUUCGUGUCCACAACCAGGGACAUCCUGUACAGCCACCUGGUCACCAGCCACAUGGUGUGUCAGCCUGGAUCCCACAGUGAAGUCUACUCUCCAGGUCCGGGCCUUCCCAAGCUGCCGCUGUCCACCGGUCUCAGUCCUGGAGACUCCGGGGUCGUUCUGAAGUGUCAAGUCUGUGGCCACAACUCGGACUCCCCCUCCCAGCUACAGCAGCACGUCCGAACACACCUGGAAGUUCGGGUCCCGGCCGAACGGAGUCCCACUCCUCGCCAGAGCACCCCAUCAUCAUCGAUGGAAAAUCCUCAGCUGUCCUCGCAGGAGAUGGAGCCCCUCGCCUGCGUCCCUAAACCAGAGUCCUCCAGUCCGGGCGCCAACGGAGGCUCUGCCACACCGCGAGACUUCAGUCCUCCUGAUCACAUCAUGGAGUUAAAGAUCAAAGAGGAACCUCAGUCCGAGUCGGAGACCGAGGAGCAGCCGAUGGAGGUGAAGGAGGCUGGAGACGAGCCUUGCGGAGACCAGAUUCCAGAAGCGAAAGAGAAGACACAAGAGGGACAAGCAGCUGCCUCCUCCCUCCAUAUGUCCACCUCACCAAAGAGUCCAGCAACUACGAUGAUCAAGGCAGAACCAACCAGUCCCACCCCUGGUUCUAGUCCCGCCCCCUUGGGUGCAGCAGGGUCCGUGGUCCCGGGCGGAGCCAUGUUCUUACCUCAGUACAUGUUCAACCCUGAGGCCGCCAUCUUGCCGCAAGCAUCGGAGAUUCUGGCUAAGAUGUCGGAGAUGGUCCACAGCCGUCUGAAACACGGCCAGACGGUCCCUCAGAACAACCCGGCUGCCUUCUUCCCAUCUGGGACCACCGCCGCCACGGCAACCGCCACAGCAACCGCCACCCCCCCUCACAAAGGAGCCACCUGCUUUGAGUGUGACAUCACUUUCAACAACAUCAACAACUUCUAUGCACAUAAGAGGCUGUACUGCUCCAGCCGUCACCAAGGAGAUGGUGGGGGCCCAGCAUCAGGUUCCGGAUCCACGGCACCCACACCAGCAGCUCCCGGGGGGCCACGAGGCUCCUCCCCUCAGGUUGGAACGUCUAGCAGAGCAGCGUCCGCCUCCCCAACCACCUCAGACCCUCCAAGAGGAAGUGGAGCGACGGAAUCUAAGCAGUCAGUGGAGGUGAAGAUGGAGACGCCUGCGGGGAGGGAGGGGGUCUCCUCUUCCUCAGAGGGAGAGGGCGGAGGACGAGGAGGAGGGACAGUGAGCGAAGGUAGCCAGAGUCCGGCGAGCGGUUCGGCUGAAGACCAAGAAGACGACCCCAAUAAGACCUUCUGCGAGGCCUGCAACAUCCGCUUCAGUCGCCAUGACAACUACACAGUCCACAAACGGUUCUACUGUGCGUCACGCCAUGACCCGUCCAACCAGCGUGCUGCGCACAUGGCCAAGACCUCCAAUGCCUCCGCCUUCCUUCCCCAGCCCAUCCGCACCCGCAAGAGGAAGAAGAUGUACGAGAUCCACAUGGCCCGAACCGAAGCACUAGCCGCUGCCGCCGCUGCCGCCACUGCAGCUCCAUCUCCAUCGGUUCUGGGGCUGGCGGUGAAGCAGGAAGUUUCUCCAGGCGGCGCAGGCAGCUCCAGCCCUGAAGGAGACGGCCCCAUUGAUUUGAGCAAGAGGCCCCGUCUGAGGGACGCCCCGCGGCCCGGCGGUAGCAGCAGUGUCCUCCCAGCCCUGCCGCUGAAUGACUACCACAAGUGCACGGCAUGUAGCAUCAGCUUCAACAGCAUUGAGAACUACUUGGCUCAUAAGACGUACUACUGCCCCGCCACCACCCUGCAGCCCCACACCCUGGAGCAGCUGCACCGCCUCAACCGGUCCGCUUCCACCUCGCCUAAAAGCCGACCACAGGCGGAACAGCAGGACCCCCUGCACCCCGCAGAGGCAAAAGCUCCAUCCCCUGAGUGGGUAACCCAGGCCCAAAGGGCACCAUCCAGCCCGCACCCCCCCGCCCUGCCUGCCUCAGGUGCUACAUCGCCUUCACAAACCAGUGCCACCCUGAUGGCCACUUUGGGAAGUGGCUCAACGACAGUCGUCUGCCCAUACUGCCCAAACCGCCCUGUUACCUGCGACCUGAUGGACCACUUCAAAACCACCCACGGCCUGGUCGUGACCAUUCAGCCGCCCCCGGAGGCCACUCUAAUGCGGGGCGGCACCGCCCCGCACAGCCCCCCCCUCAGCCCGGCAGCAGCCACCUCCACCUCCCCUUCUGCCCCGCCCAGACUGGUGUCCCAAGCUCGCAGAGACAGCCUCAAUGGACAAAACCGGAGCGGCGCCACCUCCCCUGCCUCCCCCCUGCUGAACGGCAGUCCACCAGCAUCAGGGGGGUCGCCUUCAGCUGGCUCUCCUAUUCCGGUGUCCCCUGCCCGGGCUCCGUCUCUGACUGUCUCACCCGUGCCUGACGUCCCAAGGGAGAAGAUAGUGCCCUCUUACGUCACGGACAAACCGGCUCCAACAGGAGCCACCAAAGCGCUUGUUUCCCCGGUCCAGAAUGGGAACUCGCGCUUCUGCCGGCUCUGCAACAUCAAGUUCAGCAGCCUGUCCACCUUCAUUGCCCACAAGAAGUACUACUGCUCCUCCCACAGCGCCGAGCACGUCAAGUGAGCCACCGCCGCCCCCUGCCGCCACUAACUCCUACAAGCUCAGAUGCUCCUCCCCUUCUGGCGGCGCCAGAUCAUGACGUGACUGUUACUCGCCCAACGGGGUCCGGCUGCAGAGCAGGGCCUCGGUUGCGUUACUAAUCCUCCUUGUAUGGGUCAAAGUUUGUCGCACACUAAGAGCCGAGGCGGUCCCUGAGAUGGCCGCCGACGUGGCCUGGUUGCUCCGGUGACCGGUCAGUGUGGCGCAUUCAUUAUAUGAAGGUGAUGUGAACAGAGGAAACAUUUCUCAUGUGGAAAAAACUGGAUGUUUGUUGAUAUCUUUCUUUUUCUGUGCAUCACAUCUGAAAACAGGAAUCUGGUUUGGACUUUGGCUCUUUUCCACAGAAACAUCCCGGUGUUACGAAUUCCCGAAGGACAACGUUUCCUGUUUGUUUAGUUUCUCUUUAAACGAAGGGAGAACAAUGUGAACAAUGUGUUAUCUCGUAGUCCUCACUGAUUUCAUGACGACAGAAAACUACCUACUUUGGAGUGUUUUUAUUUGUAUAUUUUUCUUACUGUGGGAAGGAGCAUUCCGGAUCUGGAUGUGUUGAAGCCACUUUUCUAACUGUAGAUAUAUAAAACCAACUGGGAUCAUUUCAGUGUUUUGUCUUCUGAGCUUUAGAUUUUUUUUCGCUCCGUCUUUUGAAGAAAACAAAGCAGAGAUCCUCCGGAGGUCACGGUUUGGUCUUUUUUUUUGUUUUGUUUUUUGAUCCGGAAAUGAAGUCACGUACACGGUGUUAGCUAAAACUGUGAAAUCUGUUUUUUUUCUUCCCAUAUGCUGAGGGUGGGCGGGGCCAGUCACAUGACCAAUGCAUUCAGUUCUCAGAAGCUUCAUUGUGGCGCCAGAACUUUCCAGAACCCAGACCCGGAACAGAAGCCACAAACAGAACCAGGUUAAUUUAGAUCUUAGUGUUGGAUUGUCCACUCUGGGUUUCCAUGGUAACAUGAUGGAGCGGUGAAAACUGGCCCUCCUGGACUGACUCAGUUACAGUAAAAUUGAAUAAACUGGUCUGGUUCCAGAUUCUGGUUCAUACCCGUUCAGAAUCAGAGGCUCAUCUGUGAUCCAGACUGGGUUCAGAUCAGGUCCAGGUCAGAUCCAGAUUGGGAUCCAGAUCAUUUUUGAGCCCCAGACCAUUGGUCCUGGUCCUGGUCCUGAUUUACUGGCCUGGUUCAGACCUGGAACUUCACGUAAUAGAAAUCAGUUUAAAUGUUUCUCGUCUCUGUUUCCUUCACAUCAUCAGACUCAGGUCCAGAAGGUUUAACAGAAGAAGGUUUAGUUUGGUAAAGUUCUGCUGCGCCACUUGGUGGGCGACCUGCAGCCAUCUUGUUCUCCACCGAACAGCUGCAGCCAAUCAAAGUCAUGACUGGGUAAAAUCAGAAAGAUUCAGGUAUACUUCAGCUUUUCAGACUUUACAAAGACUGGUCACAUGCCAUGCACAUGCCAUGCUAACUCCUUGCACACGCCAUGCUAACUGCUUGCACACGCCAUGCUAACACCCUGCACACCCCAUGCUAACACCCUGCACACACCAUGCUAACUCCCUGCACACGUCAUGCUAACACCCUGCACACGCCAUUCUAACUCCCUUCAUACGCCAUGCUAACUCCCUGCACACAGCAUCUGUCCUGGUCUGACGGACCGGCUCAGACCCAGUUUGUGCUGGUUUGAAGCCUGGUCCUGGCCUGGUUGUUGGGACUGAGACUGGGUUGUCUGUGGUCCCGUGUUGUUUUACCAUGUUGUAUAAAACAUGCUGAAUGUUUUCCUUUGAGCUCCGUGUGAUGUAUUUAUGUUCUGCAGCACUUUUUCCUCCAGAAUGCGUCGUUGUCUCCCUGAAGGACUUUCUGAAAGAUUUCAGCCCCACAGAAGACUUUGUUUAGUUUUGUUGAUUCUUUUGAUGUUUUGGAGAAAAAUCACGAAUGUCAACAUUUAGUUUCCAUGUUUCUGAUUGUGUUCUGCUCUAUGCUCUUGUCCAAACUAUGCAUGGGAAAUAAAAUGAGUUGUGAGAGAUGAA